AAAAUAUCUGAUGUGUUCUUUUCCUUGUAUGCAAACUAACAGUGCUUCCUUUGCAAAAAAACAUCAUUAUUUUCCAUCAGUGGACAUCAUGUAAGGGGGCGUGCUUUUAUAGGAAAAUUAUCCACAACUGGGUGGUGGGAUAUGGCCUGACUCGAGGCCAAAUUAACACCCUGAAGUGGAUUAUUUUCCUGUAACAGAACAUUCCAUCACAUGUUAUUCCUCUUAUACCACAGUGAUUUGCCAAUGAUUACAAUUUUUAAUUUAUUAAUAACUGACUUUUUUGGUACAUAAAUGACUCUUAAAAGAAAGCUUCACAAUAUCAAUGAUUGUAUGUUUUUCUUUGUUAAAUGACAGCAUGUUUUAAUCCGUUUUUAUUAGCCUAGCUGUUACUAUAGGAACAACAACAUAUUAGAACGAGUAGCUGGAGCUACUGUCAGAGCUGUGCUGUUAUAAAAAAUUUUAAUGCAUUUUAAUGAUUUGAGAACUCACCAGUACUGUGGUAUAUAUAUAUAAAAAAAAAAAAUCAACACCUGCUGCCCAGUCAGAUUCGGGAAUUCUAUAUGACAUAUUCAGCAUGACAGAAUUCAAUGUUCAACACUAUGUGGCCAAAGGUUUGUGGACACCUGAACAUCACACCCACAUAUGGUUCUUCCGCAAACAGUUUCCUCAAAGUAUGAAGCGCACAAUAGUCUAGAAUGAAUUUGUAGCAUUUCUUUCACUGGAACUAAGAGGCCUAAACCUGUUCCAGCAUGACAAUGCCCCUGUGCACAAAGCGAGCUCCAUGAAGACAUGGUGUGUGAAGGUUGGAGUGGAAGAACUCGAGUGUCCUGCACAGAGCCCUGACCUCAACCCCACUGAACACCUUUGGGAUGAACUGGAACACCGACUGAACCCCAGACCUCCUCACCAACAUCAGUGCCUGAUCUCACUAAUGCUCUUGUAGCUGAAUGAACACAAAUCCCCACAGCCACGCUCCAACAUCUAGUGGAAAGCCUUCCCAGAAGAGUGGAGAUUAUUAUAACAGCAAAGGGGGAGUAAAUCUGGAAUGGGAUGUUCAACAGUUGUCAGAGUAUAGUGGCCUUUUGGGCUCAAGCUCCCGGACAUCAUCCGCGGCAAGUUCCAGAUGUGCUAGCCCAGUGGAAAAUAGCAGCAGCUCGGUGGCCAGUUUUUUGCGAAAGUCAGCUAGCAGCGGUGGCCUUUCCAGAGACUUGGAUCAUGUGACCAUUCCUGACGUGCCAAACUUGGAUGAUGGAUUGGACAGAGAUUUUUUCGAAAAGGGCUCUUCUCGAGCAUCUACUCUAUCCACUGCCACUCUGACUUCACUGGGUGGGGCUUCCUCACGCAAAGGAAGUGGCGGUUCAUCUGUCACUGCAGAUACAGAGGCAUCCUUACAGGAUCUUAAGGAGAUUCAUGAACUUAAGGAUCAGAUCCAUGAUGUGGAGGCCAAGUACAUGCAGAGCCUCAAAGAAAUCAAGGAUUCUCUGGCAGAGAUGGAGGGGAAAUAUCGCAAGGCCAUGGUGUCCAAUGCUCAGUUGGAUAAUGAGAAAUCCAAUCUGAUGUAUGAGGUGGACACUUUGAAAGACUCGCUGAUGGAGCUAGAGGAGCUUCUUGCUGAGACUCGGCGAGAGUGUGAGGAGAAGAGUAAGGAUCUGGAGCGAGAGAAGCAUGCCCACAGUAUACUGCAGUUUCAGUUCUGCGAGCAAAAAGAAACACUGAAGCAAAGUGAAGAGCUACUGACUGAGAUCCGUCAUUUACGCUUCAAACAAGAGGGCUUUGUUAGGGAGAUUUCUGACCUGCAGGAAACUAUUGAAUGGAAGGAUAAAAAAAUUGGGGCCUUAGAAAGACAGAAGGAGUUUUCUGAUGCCAUUCGAAAUGAGCGGGAUGAACUCAGGGAUGAGGUGGUUCAACUCAAAGACAUUUUAAAGAAACAUGGCAUUGUACUUGGACCAGACUUAUGCACCAAUGGGGAAGUGGAAGAAAAUGUGAUCGGUGGAUCAGCCUGCACUGAAUUGCAACAGGGGAGCAGUGUAUUAGGCACUCAGGAGUUGCAGCUGUUUAGAGAUGAAAAUGUAGGGGGCUCCAGAGGUGGCCAGUUCCAAAACCCACAGGAUUUUGACCAUGGAAUUCAAGGGAAUCACCUGCCUCCAACUGCCUCUGGCAGUUCUUCUGAAUCUCCUGUUGUAGCGCGAAAUGAGGAUGGGGGUCUUGGGAAUUAUUUAAAUGACAGCAUAGAGAAAAUUCAAAAUGUUGAAAAACCUCAGAAUGUUUUUGAAUUUGAAGCAGAGGAACAAUUUGUAUUGGAAGUUUCAAAAGGUAAUGUUGUAGCACCAGAACCUGUUGCAAUUAUUAUGGAAGGUAUGAGGACAGAUCAGCAAAAGAUUCCACUGUAUGUUAAAAGAAGUGAGACUAUAAAAGAGGGAAAUCCUGAUUCCACAGAAAAAUUCACAUGUGAGAUAUCAGAAAAGGAUGGAGAUCACCUUGAUGAAACUGUGGUUGGAGAUUCUCAGAUCAAAAUGGUUUCUGACAGUUUGCCAUCAGCAGAAAAAGGUACAUCAUCAAAUUCCCAAAGUGCCAGUGUUUCAGGGAAAAAAAAGAAGAAAAAAAAGAAAAAUAAACAGAAACCAAAGCAUAGUUGUGAUGAAAAAGAGGUUCGUUCAGAAAUUGUGGACAAGAACGAAAACAAGCUCAUAGAGAGCAGUUCAGUUCAGAUGGUAGUGUCAGUUUCAGAGCACAACUCUGUACAUUCAGAGGAAGCAACAAUAAAUGAGAAAGUACCAGAUAAUUUGAAUAGUGAUGAAAGGAAUGACCUGAUGGACAAAGGAGCAGAAUCUCUCGAACUACAAAGCCCUAACACUGGCCCUGAAUCCCUUUUAGGACCAAUCGUUAAUCCGACUGAUUGCAUGAGCAGCACUGACUCCAUCCCACCUGUGGACUCCAAAACAGAAAUUAAUAUUGACAUCCCUACUUAUGACUGUCCAUUGGAAAGUAAUACUGGUGAGUUAAAUGCUUCUGAACAGAAUGUUAAAUACAAAUUACUAAGCAACACUGAUGAUGCUGAGCCGAAAGACAUUGUGGCCAUCUGUGCUGAUUUUCCUGAAUCUGAAAACUCUUUUGAGGUAAAACCUGAGAAAGAUAUAACUGAAACUACCAAAGAUGUAGUAAAAAUAGGAACAGUUGAUGAGAGAAUUCAUCUUGAUGAAACCUACACCAGUGCAGGAACAUCCACAGGCACACAGCUGGGUGACACAUUAGUUACAGCUGAAGUACCUGAAGAAGAGCAAGAAACAUCCACAGGCCCCCUGCUGAGUGACACAUUAGUUACAGCUGUAGUACCUGAAGAAGAGCAAGAAACAUCCACAGGCACACAGCUGGGUGACACAUUAGUUACAGCUGAAGUACCUGAAGAAGAGCAAGAAACAUCCACAGGCCCCCUGCUGAGUGACACAUUAGUUACAGCUGUAGUACCUGAAGAAGAGCAAGAAACAUCCACAGGCCCCCUGCUGAGUGACACAUUAGUUACAGCUGAAGUACCUGAAGAAGAGCAAGAAACAUCCACAGGCCCCCUGCUGAGUGACACAUUAGUUACAGCUGAAGUACCUGAAGAAGAGCAAGAAACAUCCACAGGCCCCCUGCUGAGUGACACAUUAGUUACAGCUGUAGUACCUGAAGAAGAGCAAGAAACAUCCACAGGCCCCCUGCUGGGUGACACAUUAGUUACAGCUGAAGUACCUGAAGAAGAGCAAGAAACAUCCACAGGCACACAGCUGGGUGACACAUUAGUUACAGCUGAAGUACCUGAAGAAGAGCAAGAAACAUCCACAGGCCCCCUGCUGGGUGACACAUUAGUUACAGCUGAAGUACCUGAAGAAGAGCAAGAAACAUCCACAGGCACACAGCUGGGUGACACAUUAGUUACAGCUGAAGUACCUGAAGAAGAGCAAGAAACAUCCACAGGCACACAGCUGGGUGACACAUUAGUUACAGCUGUAGUACCUGAAGAAGAGCAAGAAACAUCCACAGGCCCCCUGCUGAGUGACACAUUAGUUACAGCUGAAGUACGUGAAGAAGAGCAAGAAACAUCCACAGGCCCCCUGCUGAGUGACACAUUAGUUACAGCUGAAGUACGUGAAGAAGAGCAAGAAACAUCCACAGGCACACAGCUGGGUGACACAUUAGUUACAGCUGUAGUACCUGAAGAAGAGCAAGAAACAUCCACAGGCACACAGCUGGGUGACACAUUAGUUACAGCUGAAGUACCUGAAGAAGAGCAAGAAUCACAGGAGCCAACACACAGAGAUCAGGAAUUCAAAGUAGAAAAGGAUGAAGGUGAAGUGGAGUGUGGAGAAUCUUUUGAGUUUAAUAUGCAGGUUAUCAGGCCAAAAGGAAAUUUGCUUGGAGAUCCUGAGUGUCAGCAAGAACAUAAAAGCAUUGCUGGUUGUGCUGAGCAGACUUGCAUAACCAGUGAAAUACAAUUCACAGAUACUGAAGAUGGACAUGAAGACCAAAAGCUACAGAUAGAUGAGCAAAAUGCAUUAAUAGAAAGAGACAGGGAUGUACCUGUGGAGCAGAAAGCCACAACAGGGGGUGAUCAUAACAAAUGUCAGCAACAUUUUGUAACAGGAAAUGAGAAACAAGGAUCUCAAGAUCAUGAAGAAAUUAUAUGUUUUGAGCACUAUGAAAGAGCCAAGCAGGAAACAAGUCUGGCAAAUAUUGUACAGGUCAUUGAUGAUACACUUCCUGAGACAGCAGAGUUAGACCAGGAGACUAAUAGUGUCAUUCCGCAAGAAGGAGGUCAGAAAAUGGGAGAGCAGGAAGUCAGGGAAGUCAAAGAGGGUACAUCUGAGAGAAACAAGGAAGAUGCAAAGAAUGGCUCCAAAAGGGAAAGCAAGAAAGGAAAAGGGAAGACUAAAGAGGACUGCAAAAUGUCCUAAUACUGUGCCAAAGAUGUUACCGUAAAAGUAAAUAAUGAAGUCUUAAAAAGCCUGACUAAACCCCACUUCAGUGAGAAUUUGUUUGAAAAGCUUCUUAUUCUGAAUAACUUCACGAGUGCAGAAAAAUCAAGUCACACAAUGUGUAUAUUUACUUAAAUCUACACCAAAAUGAUCUUUAAGAAAGGAAUAAUCUUUAAGAAAAAAAAAAACUCUCUGCCUUUGCACAUUUAACUGAAAUGAAACUAAACAGACAGCUCAUUUCAGCAUUUAAAUGUUUUGCUGUAUGUAGGUUCCUAUACUACGUAGACAUUACUAAAAGCAUCAGAACACAUUUUUGUCCUAGAACAAAUUUGUUUAAUGAAUUGUGGAGCUCAGUGAAAUUCAUAUGGCUUAUUUAUUUUCUAAUUAUUAUUACUGUGGCAGUUUACAUGAUGUGCAGCAUUGUGCUACCUUUUUGCACAUGAUAUAAAAUAAUAAAAGUGUUUUUUUUUGUUUUUUUUGUUUUUUUUUUUGAUAGAAUUGCCAUCAGGGAUUUUGGCUUUUCACAUUAUACUGAUUUGUAUGUGCUAUUUUAAAAUAACAGGUUCCUUAUUAAAUGUCACUUAUAGAAAGAAAGUUUUACAACUGUUUAACAUUCCAUUCACUGAUAUCACCAUUCAGUCUGACCCAUUCUGUAAGCAAUGUCAGUAGUUCUGGGAGAUUGUAUUGUCAUGAUGGAAGACCUUUAAAAUAAAGUAUCAGUAAAGUAG